CCCAUACUUUGUACGAGAGUCAAGAACAGAAGGACCAUCGAGUCUUCCAAAGGACCGUACUCCGUAGAGAGAGACCUGGCUCCCGUAGUUUGAAGGCCGAAUUAACGUACCGUACCGUCUCCGUAAACUCCACCCUCUUGCCCACUUCUUCCCACUCACUCACCUUCCUAUUCCUCCUCCCCCCUCCUCCUCCACGUCCACCUCCACCUUCCCUCCCUCUCUCUCUCUCUCUCUCACUCUCACUCUCUCACUCUCUCACUUUCUCGUCCUUUCCCUCCAACCACCCUUGUCCUUCGUUAUUUUCUAUCUGAUCAUCUAUUGAGGGGUUGCCGGACGGAGAGAGCAUCACGGAGACUACGGAUAAGGGCCUAGUGUUCCUGCAACUUGAACCCCGCUCCACUCGCAAUUAUCCCAGCCGAUCUGGCCAAUCCAGUUUGUCGACUCAAGUCCGGCCAACGACCAAGAAAAAAAGGGCUCCCCCCCCCCCAAUCCUCUCGUCCUUCUCUUGAUUAUUCCCUCCAUUCUCGGGGCAUUGGAUCCAGAUACACCACCAGGUGUCGCUCUUUCCAUCCACCAUGGAGCACCAACCGGCCAUGACCUGGCCGGAGCAGAUCCAUGAGAAUCAGCUUAUCACGGCCCCCAGCGAGGAUGAAUUCUCCAACUUCCUCGAGUUCAACAUGCAAUUUACCGACCUCGACGGGCACGGACCAGCACAGCAGAUGCAGAACCAGCAACAUUCCAUGGUGCCUCCCACCACGACCGCCCCCGACCAGUCUAUGUCUUCAGAUCCCCGGUCGCAUCCUCAGUUCACAAGCCCAAUGGAAGGUCUGGCAAUGGACUAUAAUGGCCACGGCACCAUGCAGCCCGCCAUGCAGUCCCAGCCGGGUCCGAUCCCGUACUCCACGCCCAGCAUGACUCCUGGUUUCUGCGCCCAGGACACAUCGCACCAGCAGCACCAAGCAAUGUCGCAACAGCAGGGUCACUCCGCUCAACAUUAUAUGCAACAGGGCCAACAGAUGAUUCCUCCCACUCCUAACAGUAUGGAGUUACACGGCAAUGCUCCCCGGUAUCCGCAGCGGGUGGAUGACCACUCUGAUAUGUACGAUCGCUACUCGCGCAUCAAUGAGGAACAGGCCUUGUAUACGCCCCUGCUGUCCCCCGCCAUGACUCCUCUGGAGUCUCAAUUCCGACUUCCCGAAUACACCAUCCCCGGCGAAUACUUCACUCCUUUGACGUCGCCUGCGCUGGAGGCGCAAAAUGCUCACAGCUCCAGUAGUGGUUACCAAUUCCAUGCCCGUCAGGUCUCGGAUGUGGGCUUCGUCCCUACCAAUGCGGAGGUCAACCCACUUCCCGGAACAUCUGCUCCACCUUCUCCCAGCAUCAUCCGCAAGACCCGCCGGCGAACUUCCGCUGCUUCUUCUCGACUCGCCGGGCGCGCGACUAAAUCUCGCCAGUCUCCUCAUAUCCGUGCCCAGACGACGCAGACGCAGCGCAACCGGGGCAAGCCAAAUGCACCCAGCUCGGAGGAUCUCUACAACCGCAUGGCCCAGGAGUUCAACAAACCGCCAAACCAUGAUGUGCGCUCCCUGCAGGAAAGCAGCAAUGACGGAUCUGGUCAGGACUCCGUCUCCCCCGAACCCUUGCCCGACUCCUUGAUGCCACCUCCCGCCAUUCCUCCACCUCGCAAGUCUCCCGCCAUGGUUCCCCACCAGUCCUCUCAGCAAUUGUCAGGCACGGCAGCUACCCCGGCCACGCUCAUGCGCAUUCAGCGAUCUCAACAUGCGCAGGAGCUUUCCGAUCAGAUAAUGGGCCAGGCUCAGCUGGAGAUUCCGGACGAGGUCAUGGAGGAUAUUGCUCUCCCAGAGGCAGUCCAGCCGACUCUGCAGCCACACCCUAAGAUUAGCCGGAUCGAUACCAGCGUGCGCAACACUGCAAGUCCUGUCAUCUCAGCCCAUGGGACCCCGUCGAUCGAGCCCCGAUCGACUCCGGCGGCCGACCGUACACCCAUGUCGAUUGCGCCUAGUCCACGCACCAUUGCUAUGCCCUCGCCCAGUGGGCCGGUACCCAAGAGGUCGGAUCCAUCUCGAUCAUCGAUAUCCAGUCGGAAGCGGCCCAGUGUGAGCUCUACGCACGCCAGUCCGUUGUUGCGUCCGAAGAUUAGUCCAAGCAUUCAACCUUUGAUGCGAGGUAGUGACACAGGUUUGUCUCAAGAUGCGCUUUACCUGGCCUCCAAGUCCAACUAUCAACACAUUCUGGAUGGCACUCUGCCCUCGGGAGUUUCCUAUCCCGAGACCCUUGCGGAGAAUCUGAGCUCCAAGCGUACCAACCACAAGCUUGCAGAGCAAGGCCGCCGGAAUCGAAUCAACAACGCUCUCAAGGAAAUCGAGUCCCUCAUUCCACCAGAGUUCAUUCAGAUGCGACAAGCUAAAGAGGCCGCUGCAGCUGGUCCCAAGCCAAGUGACAAGGACAAGGAGAAGCCGGCUAACCAGGCCAUCAGCAAGGCCAGCGCGGUGGAGAUGGCUAUUGAUUACAUCAAGGCCUUGAAAAAGACUCUCGACGAGACUGCAUCAAAAUUGGCCGAUGCCGAGGCCAAGCUUGCCGGGGUCAACCUCAACGACACACCGACCAGCUCCUCACCUACUGUGACUACGGCCGAGAAGACGUCUCCCACAACCCCAACCCCAACCACCAACACUACCACCACUAUCGCCACCAACGGCACUGGUCCAGACUCCUCGAACAAGAGUUCAUCAUGACCAUGAUCAUGACAAUGACCAAAUUGUACACCAAAAGACCAUGAUUUAAGGCGAAAGUGGGGGAUUUUGCUUCAUCUUUUUAUUUCUUGUUCAUUUUGUCCUUGUUGCUCUGCCUGCAACACCUCCUUUUCUCUACAUGGGAAAGAAGAGCGGGUCUGGGCCAGAUCAACCAAGAGUUUAUAUACGGCAGCUUGCUUUUUCAUCGCGCAAAUGUGUAAUGAUCUAUAUCUUUCUCUUUUUGGGGGGCUUCGGCGGUUUGAUAGCGUCGGUGUUGUCGACCUGGUUUAUCUGGGAGGUCGGUUUACUUUUUUUUUGAAGUAUCUUUUUUUGGCUCCUCUUCUGCCAUCUUGUCGAGUCUUGUCUCGAAAUGCAUCAUUCAGAUAGACAUGAUACAUGAUAUAUGUAUCGAAAGAUUCUCGUUCGUGUGAGACGUGUUUUCAUACGAUCAUGUUGUGAUAUAUACCGUUGUAACUACGUUUUCGGUUUUACUUGAUGUAACAUGUGACCGGAUUUUCU